AUGGGUAGCCUUCGCUUCCUGUCUACGAUAUCCCUCGUGACUUCAUUUCUUCUCAUCUUCGCUCUCUUCCCUGUUGCUACUCGAUGUUCUAGCCACACCGCGAGACCCCGCCAUCACGAUGGACAAAGUGGACUCGAAGACCGGUCGCUGGCCUUAUUCAGCACAAGGCUUUUGGCGACAGCAGAUGAAGGCCAGAAGUGUGAUGCAGACACGCCAUGCUCGAAUGGUGCCUGCUGCGGCAAAACCGAAGUCUGUGGAUUCGGCCCAACGUUCUGCGGUGAUGGUUGCCAAUCCAACUGUGAUGCACACGCAGAGUGCGGCGAAUUUGCCGAGGACCCGGGUAAGGAAUGCCCGUUGAAUGUUUGCUGUAGCGAAUACGGAUACUGUGGCACAACCGAGAAAUUCUGCAACGACAAGUGCCAGAGCAACUGUGGCUCGCCCGAUGUGCCCCCGGGUGGGAGCUCGAAAUCCGUUCGCAAUAAGGUUAUCGGGUACUACGAGUCAUGGGCCGCACGGCGACCAUGCAAGAAGUUUUCUCCAAGUGACAUCCCUGUUUCCGGGCUCACACAUGUCAACUUCGCCUUUGCCUUCGUCGAGCCAGACACAUAUGAGAUUGUGCCCAUGGAUGGAGAAACACCGGCAAGCCUCUUUAAACAAAUAGCGGCCGAUGAAGACAAGCGGCAGAAGUUCGCAGACAACCUGGUCACCUUCAUGACCAAAUAUGGGUUCGAUGGUGUGGAUCUAGAUUGGGAGUACCCCGGCGCGCCGGAUAGAGGAGGAAAGGAGCGCGACAUGAAGAAUUUUGUCUCGCUGAUGAAGACAUUACGAGAGACCUUUGAUGAUAGUCCUCGAGGUGGCUAUGGUCUGACAUUUACCAUCCCAUCUAGUUACUGGUCGGUGGUCCAAGGAGGAGGGUACAUGCAGUAUGUCGAUGUGCCGGGGCUGCUGAAGUAUGCGAACUGGACGAAUAUCAUGUCAUACGACUUACACGGUGUAUGGGAUGCGAAUAACGAAAUUGGAAACAUCGUUCACGGCCAUACCAAUUUAACUGAAAUCAAGUUGGCGGCAGACCUGCUCUGGAGGAAUAAAGUACCUCCUGGUAAAGUAGUCCUGGGAACUGGCUUCUACGGCCGAACCUUCCAGCUCUCAGAUAAAGGUUGUGCAAAGCCCGGAUGUAAGUUCGAAGGGCCAGCAAGGGCGGGCGACUGUACUGGAGAGGGUGGCAUUCUGGGAUACUUCGAAAUCCAGGAGAUCCUGAAGGGCGAUGAUAAAAUCGAACACAUCCAUGACAAAGAGAACGCCGUCAACUAUUUUACCUUUGAUGGUGACCAAUGGGUGUCCUACGACGAUAGAAAAACGUUCAAGCAAAAGGUCGACUGGGCAAAUGAUGUUGGACUUGGCGGCCUGAUGAUAUGGGCAGUCGACAUGGAUGAUGACUCCUACACGGCUCUCUCGGGGCUGUUGGACAGAGACGUCGGCGAGAGCGUGGAUCUUGACGGCAGUCUCGGAACGAUUGGGCUAGUUAUUGACAACUGGUCGUCGCAGAACGGACAAAACUGUGUCAUGCAGGGCUGUGGGGAGAAAUGCAUGUCGUCCAUGACCGAGGCUGGGAGAGCUACUGAUGACUGCGACGACGAUGAGCACCGCAAGAUAUGCUGCCCCAGUGGCAACAUUCCGUCUGGAUGUCAGUGGCGCGGAGGCGACAAGGGGCUGACCUGUAAACCGGAAUGCAGACCCGGCGAACUGGGUCUGUUCCAAAGCGAGUACGGCAGCUUUGACUGCCUCUACGGGGAACAGCAGUUCUGUUGCACGUCUGACGACUACGAAGACCUUGUUGGAUCCUGCGAGGUCACCGACUGCGGCACGACGAGCUGUCCCAGCGGCAAGACCGAGAUAUCAAGCUUCACUGAUUUUGGGGGAGACUGCGAGGGCCCGAGCCCUGACAAGAGGAAGCGCAGUGUUUGCUGCGACGAAGACAACCAACUGGACGGGUGUCGAUGGACAAAGUGCCGCGACUACCAGUGCGACGCCGACGAGGUUCUGGUGAUGAAGAGCAAACUGUCCAACAUCUUCUGCAGGGCGGAGGAAUCCAGACUGUGCUGCAAAGUAUCAGAUAGCUCGGCCUUCCUUCCAAUUGCUCCCGAGAAGAUAUUCCCCGAGCUUCCCCCGGAUGACUAUGACUAUGAGGUCUAUGACGACCCGAUGGACGUGUCCUCUGACCCGCAUAUGUCACCCGAGAGCUUUGGCUCGGUCGUGCUGUCGGGCCCUCCAGAUGUUGUGUCGAAUCUAGACAAACGUGAUGGCUCUCAUAUGACCUUUUUGUCCUGCGACAGCAUCGAUGAGCAUGGCUUACAGUCCACGCGCGUUGCGUGCAUGAAGGAUGGGGAUGGCAGCAACUGUGACGAUAUGCUGUUGAAUGGGGUCGAGGGCACCAUUGUCAAGAUGCCCAGAGGCUGCGGGCCCGGUCAGUAUGCGGUCGUCAGGUCCCUGGAGGUUUCAGGCAACCAGUCCAUCCCUACUCAAGUGCUGCAGACGAGGGAUUCCAGCCGGCCGGUCAUGGAUCUGGUCUUUGACUAUGACUUUGGUCACGUCAAGCGAGCCGACGACAAGGUCUAUGUUCGUAUCGACUAUUCAAAUGUGUUUCAAUACUGGAAUGAAAUCUUCGGCGCAGACCCCAUUAAGAAAAAGAGAGCUACCGACCCAGAACUGUCGCCGCGGUUCUACAGUUCAAAUGAGGAUGAUUGGAAAAGGAAAUUCAAGAAACUCACAAAGGUGCCCGAGAAUGACCUGUACUACUCAGAGAUGUCCAAGAGCGUUGACGACUCGCUCUAUGGAAGCGGACGGUCGUGCGACAGCUCGGAGCAGUUUUUGAAACUCGACAUUGAAGGAGACGCAGCUGCCAAGGUGAAAUAUGGCUUCACCAUGGUGGGAGCUCUGGAUCCGUGGGAUAUCCAAGAGUCGUACAGCUUCCUCGGAGCCGAGUUCGACGUGGAUCUAGAGCUUUCUUGCACAGCAGGCACUGGGCUAUCGCUAAGCCAGACCGGGCGGAUUGUUGAAGAGCUCUGGAAGACUCCGCUCAGAAUGCAGCGCCUCUAUCACCCUGGUAUCGUGUCCAUUGCCCCCCAGUUCAGAGUCCUCGCUUCCGUCCAGACGACGUCUGAGGCCGGCCUUGUUGGGGAUUUCAAGACGCGCUUCCGCGGUGGAAGUGACGGCUAUAUCUUCACCUUCUUCCCAGAAGGGGCUGGCGACCGUAGAGGCCAGAGCAAGAGCAAGACCAGCUCCGAUGAUUUCACGGGCGACUACAAGAUCACACAGGGAUCUCUGACCUUUACCCUUGAGCCCCGUGUGGAUCUGGACAUCCAAAUCGGUCGUUACCAUGAGACCAGUGAUGGCUAUGCGUCAACCAUAGCCAAGCGGGGGUGGGAAGCUGAGAGCAACCUCGCCUCAACUCAGCUUAGUACCUGGAUAGAGAUGGGGCUCGGGCUUGACGGCUACAAGGCAAUAUACCAACAGUCCGAGGGGUAUGCGCAGGCAAUGAACUACGGGGGUGACCAUGAGCUCUUCACUGAGGACGACGAAUCCCAGUACCUCAUUGGCGAUCGCCCCAAGGCCGUCCAGCUCGCUGGUCCGACUCGCGACCUGGAGGUUCCUGACCAGCCCGACUUUUCCGGCUACCCAAUAUUCGGUGGGCAUGAUCUUCUCUCUUGUGUCGACGGGUUGGACGACGACACUGGCGGGAUUGACGAGGCCGUCUGUGUGGCCAAUAUCGGCACCGCCGACCCAUCAUUGCUGGAAGAUGGCGAAGAGCCGUCAAUUCCGGGCUCUGAGAUGGGCGAUAGCAACGCUCAGAACGCACUGGAUCCGCGCGGCAACCCUCGGCCAUACAAUGUGGUUGAUAUAAGUGGGCAUGUCCUCUUCACCAUCUACUGUCUCGCAUACCCGUCAAUCGGCCGACUGCCCUGGAGCUCCGGAGACCCGAGGAUGGAUAUCAGUAACCCCAGCGGCUGUACCGAAGUUGGAGUGACUGACGACGGGGAUUCCGGCGUGAACUAUGUGACUGAGCAUAUCUUUGAGCUGCAGUCCCUGGCGCAGUUCGUCAGCUUCGCCAUCCAUGGACAGCUGCCCGACGGCCAGCAGACGAGCCGUAAUACGAUCCCACAGCGCGUGGCAGAGCAGCUCCAAGACAACUACAGAUCCUGGGCCGGGUCCAAUGCACCCGCAGGAAAUGCCAUGGACCACAUGUUCAAUGCUAUUGGAAGCAACGACAACAAAGACGCAAUGAUCCCCUGCGAGGAGCAGCUCAACGCCGUCAAGGGCCGGCUUUGGACGGGCAACAACAUUAUCUCCGAGGAUUCAUGGCACCGCGAAGACCUCGAUGAUCCAGAAAACAUCCACAUGGCUCUGUCCUGGCUGCGAGAUGCUGCGAAUAUCUUCGCCUACAUGGAGGCGGAUCCCGUGCAGGACCGUUUCCAGGAGACCGUCAACUCCAUACGGUCGGAGCUCGAGCAGUUCGAGGAUCUAUACAACGCCCAUCACUCCAGCCAGAUUGAUCUGCUCGGCCUUUGGGACGAGUGGGUGGUUUCGUACUUCCAAGACAUGCGAGAUCGAGCGGCUGCCUGGGCGCGGCGUCGCGGCGAUGCCCUCGAGGGCGAGUGGCAGGAUGUGGUGCGCUCUGCACGACGCCAAUACAACUCGGACCCGAACCCGCAGAAUCAGUUGUCCCUGGACGCAGCUGAAGAGAAUUUGAAGGUGAUUCGGGAGACGAUGCAAAAUAUCCUGGACCGGAUCACGAAUACCGGCUUCUGGAACUGGUUGACAUAG